AUGCGCAAAGAGGAGCUGUAUAUUGUGAUAGCAGUGGUUUCGGAAAAUGAUGUUGACAACGUGUACAUUUUAUCCAUCACUUCCGCCUUAAUUGACGUUGCAAGUAGCAUUGUACUCCCCUUUAGCUCAAAAAACUACUCCAUCAAAGGAAAUAGCACAUUUGUUUGCAUAGGGACUGACUCUGGAGCAAUCCACGUUUACCGAUUUGAUGGUGAGAGUUUGGUUUUGAGGAGUGCCAACAUAAAUUCAGCUUUAUCAAAUAUCAAAAGAAAUUGCUGCAACAUACCGGGAAGAACUGAUGUUUGUGGGGAUGAAAACCUCCUCUUGCAAACUAGUUGUAGCGAUGGCUCAGCUAUUUUUGACAUCAUUGAAGGCUGGCUCGUUUAUUGUCCAACCAAAUCUGAAUACACUUAUUUGAAAGAUAUAAAGAGAAACGAUAAUAAUCGCAAGAAGACAAAUACUUCAAAGAAAGACCAGUCACUCAAUUAUCAAGAUCCCAUUAUCACUAACCUAACUAGCCAGUCGGUACGAAAGCAAAAAGCAAGCUUAUUCACUCCCGUGAAAUUAUCUGGAUCAACCCCCUUAUACCAUAAAGUCAUGUCCUCUGUGUCAAAGACAACAUUGGAUGGAAUCUUUAAAGUGUCGGAGUUAUCUUCAGCAAAGUAUAAGGAAUACAUGGAGAACAAGUUGGAGUUGAACAAUAUAGGCAAAUCCAUUGGCAAAACUCUAUACACCAACCUACAAAAAAGUUCAGAAUUUUUGAAACCUAACGACAACCAGAUUCUUUCCAUUGUUGACAUAGUCAAUGACCAGUUGCUUGCAACAUUCAAACCACUGGGUGGUGUGUCGCUGGUUUCCUUUUCACAAUAUGAUUUACAGCUAGCUACGUCAAAUUUGCGAGGAGACCUGCUAUACGUAUGGGAUUUAUAUCGUUUGCCAACUGAAAUCUCCUUAGUUGGUAAGUUCUGUCGCGGUAAUACCUCCGCCAUCGUCAAGAACAUAUUCUGGUUCAACACCGAAGAUGACAACCAUGAUACACAUUCUGGGUUGGGCUGUAUCACUAAAGCAACAGGAUCUGUGCACUGGUACGAUACAAACAGCUUAUUAGGGGAAAGUAAAGCCGGCGACAUCAAUAAAAAGGCAAAAAGAUCGAGAAAGGGUAGUAGGGAGCUGCCGAAGAAUGAUUGGACGCUAUCUGCGUUUGAGGGAGACAAAUUUUUGAAUGUGCUAGACAAACAAAUUGCUGUUUUAACAAAAACGGGGCGCUUGAAAAUGAUCAAUCCGGCGAAUGGGCAUCACUACUAUGAGUUCAAAAUCCCUCACCAACCAACAGCCGCAGUGUUUUCCAAUCCUGAUGUUUUCCCAUCUUGGAAGUCAGGAGAUCAAACAAGACCGAGAAAUCCACUAGCGCAAGCGGAGAUAGAAACAUGUGCCCCAUAUUUGAACUUGAUCAAUUGUAAGAAUGUUGAAUUUGCCACCUAUCAGUAUGAGCACGAAACUUUUAAUGAGUUCGGGAACGAUAUGGCAUUUGACAGCUUGAAUGUUCGAUCAAUGCCGCCAGCGAAAACUGACCACUUUCCUGAAAGGGAUGCAGAAAAGGUCACCUCAAAUAUAAGCGCAUUGAGCAAAAUUUAUAUAGAUCAAGGAGAUGAGGACGAGUUGUAG